GGUUAUUAGGUGGCGAAAUGUCGAAGCCCUAUAUUCAACUUUCGGUAAAAAUUUUAAAAAGGCGAAAUGGCGAAACUGGCAAAGUUGGCGAUGUAUUAGAUACUAUUACUAACUUUAUACUAUCUAUGCAAAUCUAG